UCCUGAGCAAUCCUGAGUCUUGGCUGGUCUUGGCUCUUACAAUUCACUGAUAUAUCUUAUAUCGUACUACUACUAAGUGUUGAUAUAAUUUACAAAAAAAAAAAAUAAAAAAAAAAAAACUAAAUAAAUAAAGUAAAAAAAAAAAAAAAAAAAGGCUUACUUCAAAAUAUAACGGAGAGGGUAAACGUAGGCAACCAGAAGAGUAUCCAAGUGUGAGGAAACAAAUUUCUCAAGGAAAUUAUAACCUGUAUUUUUGAAAUGCUUUCUGUAAUUCUGUCAUUGGUGAUUUAUUCGGCACAAUUUACUUAAUUUAAAUCAUUAUUUUUUUUUGUUUUGUUUUAUUUAUUUAUUUAUUUAUUUUCUUGCUUUUUUUUAAACAUUUCAUUUUAUUAUUGCGAGGGUGAAUUUGAUUUUUUUUUUAAUUUUAAAUUUAAAAAAAAAAGCAAGAUGAAAAUAUCAGUUAAAAUUCUGCAAGGACGAGAGUGUGUAGUUGAGAUAUCACCUUCGGAGACAGUUUUGGAACUGAAAAACAAAGUCAGCGAACUUUUGGGUGUGGACGUGCCUCAACAAAAACUUUUACUAACUGGCAAAGCACUUGCAGAUGAAAACCCUUUAAGUUUCUAUCCUGGUAUAAAAGAUGGUAGCAAAUUAAAUCUGGUCGUCAGAAAGACAACCCAGGAAUCAAGUGAUGAAAAAUUACAAUCGGUACAAAAAUACGGGACUGCAUUAUUGCGGGAAUCGGUAUCGAAAGUAUUGAAAAAAUAUUACAGUCAAACAGAAACUGAGUCAAUUAUAAAUGAACUGGUCAAAGAUUUGAGGACCAAAGUUAAUAAUCUUAGUUUUGAUGAUUUGGAGAGAUUAGCUACUGCUUUACUCCAAGAUCAAGAAAAUAUAGUAUGAUGUAAUAUUUAUUCCAUACUUAAAAAUUUAUUAUUACUAUAUAUUAAUUAAUAAUCAUGGCAUACCGUAAUCAUUAAUUAAUGCUUUCGGGCAAUGAUAAAUUUUAGUUAUCAGCAAAUAAAUUUUUUUUAAUUGUAAUAAUUCAUCAACAAAUACACUGAUUUAUAAUUGAUAAUGAUUAUUAUUUUUUAUUUAAAUAACUCUGUAAGUUAUUAUUUGUAUAAAUAAAAAAUAAGUUUUAUCAA